AUGGACCGAGGGAAAUUACGCUCUGGAAGAAGCCGCAUACGAUCCGCCGAAGAUCGCCCCCAUAAAGAAGGCGACGAAGUGCUCAAACCGAUGCCUAUAACGCUGAUUGAUCACACCAUCACACCGAGUGAGAACAGUCCUUCGCUAUGGGCUAGGAGUGCGAAGGUCGUCGACUACGUUAUCGUUGCCGGGAGCAGGACAAGAGCGGGGGCUUAUGUUGCGUGGAACUGCUCGAUAGAGACUUUUGGGGUUUGUUUCCUUCGCUUGAUCCAAGUGCGGUUCUGGGACUCACAUUGCCUUGUCAUCAUGGGUAGGGAGCUCAAUUCACAGUUCGCAAAAGGUACCGUACAGUAUGCGUUGGCCGCUCGGCGCAGGAAUGGAAAUAGAAUAAAAAUAAAUCGUCGUGAUGGAGAUCAAUCACUCCCGUCUCGGGUACCGGUGUGCAAGAUAUGUCUGACAUUGUCAAUGCAAUAGAUACUCGGAAUUUGUAACGCUAAGGGAUGUGCUGCGAGAAACUUUUCCAAGAUCUCUGGCUUCGUUACCUGCUCUGCCGCCAAAGAGUGUUGUCUGUGAGUGGCGCAACACGCUCAACAUGGGAAUGAGAAUUUGACGAUUAGCAGCAAAAUUCCGGCCCAAGUUCCUCGAAGCACGGCGUCAAGGAUUGUCUUACUUUUUAUCGUGCGUUAUAACAUCGCGAUUUUUUUUUUUUUUCACCUCCCCUUAAAGCGUAUCUUUUGGACUAACAUGUGGGGGAGGUGGUUGAAGGUGUAUCCUCCUGAAUCCUGAGUUCGCUGGUUCGCCUCCCGUGAAGGAUUUUUUGCUUAACGCGGAUGACUAGGGGGGGGGAGAAAGUUCUGCACUUUGACAGCAUUUCCGCCUUUCUUUUUUUUCCCUUCUCUUUGAGCACUUUGGCUUUUUCAACCCAAGCUACCCUUGCAAUCCCAACUUGCCGGACAAUUUUUAUUUUAUUUCAUAUAUAUUAUAUGUUUUGCGCUUCAAUUCUUCCCGGUAAUGUUUUUUCAUGUGCCAUAGGUGUUAUUAUCUUGCUUGGUCUGCGGCUCUACUGUACUUGUAUCAUAAGGUACUGAUGGCUUGUUGUAG